GUAACUUCAGAAAGCUCCCCCGGCAGUUUUCUAAGACCAAGCUCUCUCUCCAAACCGAGCACUUUUUGCUCCACACCGUAAGACUUGUGGGUGCUGUGAGCCGUUCCUGUGGAGCGCCGCAGCUAACUCAGGGUCACCUUACCCAGCCAAAAUCCGUACAGUGAGCGUAGACCGUUCUCCCGACGAGUCGCCACCACCGCGUCCACCUUCGGACACUUCAUCUGCCAGAGACAACCCCACCCUAACUUCGUCCGCCGCCGUGGUGUUCGCCGACAAGCGUUCCCGCUUCCGCUGAUACCCCCGAGGUGUAUGGGUCCCGACCGAAAGACCCGCAUCCUCGUCCUAUACCGUCGUCCUCCCUAGCGGGUCCAGCUAAGGAGCCUAUACCUCCUAAACCCAUUUUCAAUAGAAAAUCCGUCUUUCGACAUACCCAUACUACAACCCUUCCCCCAUAAUGUCUGCCACGUCUGCCACCAACUUUGCCGUUCAAACCCAUCCGGUCAAGGCUCCGGAUGAGGAGUACUUCUUCGAAGGUGCCGAGAAGCUUCUGGAGCUCUGGUUCUGCUCGAGCACACAGAAUGAGACUCGCUCCCUCCGAAUCAUCCCAAGAGAGGAGAUCGAUGCAAUGCUUGACAUCGCUCGCUGUAAGAUCCUCCACUCCAAGCACAACGAGUCCAUCGACUCUUACGUGCUCAGCGAGUCCUCUCUGUUCAUCUCGGACAACCGUGUGAUCCUCAAGACCUGUGGCACAACUCGCUUGCUGGCUGCCCUUCCAGUGAUCAUGCAGCUAGCCGGGGCCUACGCCGGGCUGGAUCAAGUCCAAUCCGUCUACUACUCCAGGAAGAACUUCUUGCGCCCGGAUCUUCAACCAUCGCUUCAUAAGAACUUUGAUGCGGAGGUGGAGUAUCUGGAUAGUUUUUUUGUGGAUGGUCAUGCGUACUGUCUUGGAUCCCUCAAACAGGAUAGAUGGUACCUUUACACAUUCCACAGAGAAGUUGAGUUCCCAGCUCACAAGCAACCCGAUCACACCUUGGAGAUCUUGAUGAGCGAUCUGGAUGAGGAGGUGCUCCACAAGUUUACCAAAGACUAUGCGGUGGAUGGCAAUGACUGCUUCAUGCGAGCCGGUAUUGACAAGAUCAUCCCGGCAGGUGCAGAUGUUCACGACGAGCUGUUCGACCCGUGCGGCUACAGUAUGAACGCUUAUAUGAAUGACACUGACCAAUACGCAACCAUCCACGUGACUCCCGAGAAGGCAUUCAGCUUCGCUUCCUUCGAGACCAACCAGGACUUGGUCUGCCUGUACUCGCAGACUCGGAAGGUUCUUCAGUGUUUCAGACCAAAUAAGAUCUUGAUGACAGUCUUUGCCAAUGACAUUUCGGAGAAGGGGAAGGAUGCCCAGCAGCAGUUGUGGGACCGCGAGCUGCCGGGGUAUAGAAGGACCAAUGUGCAGUUUGUGAGACUUGAGACGGAAACCCUAGUCUACGCUCAUUUCGUGCGCAAGGCCUCCACCGGUCAAGAUUCAUCAUCGAGCGACGAGGACGACGGCGAACGCUCCGAUUGAUAUCAAAUCUUGAUUGUGUUUUUUUUUCUACAAAUCACUGUUAAACCAUGUAUUUUGUACUAACCCUAUUAGUUUUGUUUUCUUCUUAAUCAUUGAUCACUAUACCCCCCUUCCCCUAACUACUUGGUUUUCUGAGGGGCCUUCAGGCCAUUUUCUAGUCUUUUGGCUUCUGGUACUGUGGUCCUGUGGUCUUCUGGUCUCCCAGAACAACUUCCCGUUGAAGGGUCAAAUGUUAUGCUAAUUCCUUAUCUAUUCUCCCCAUCUCUUUGUCGCCUCCCUCCCCCUCUCUCUCCCCCUUUCCUGUUUGUUUUCAAGACAGACAGUUACACUUUCCUAUUGAUUUUUAGCAAUUUUAGUUAUUUUUCUUGUGUUAGAACUGUCUUAAACGUUAAUUUUUGGGCGUAGAAUAUAUUUUUUAAUAAAAAAAAUUUGGGAAA